CAGUGAAGCACGACUUUAAAUGUGUUAAUCUGAACAAAUGGCUCAUAAAACUUCGAAGCCGUCAUGCAGCAUCAAAAAAGAAAAAUUCCUUAUUGAUAAAGUCCCAUUUCAGCAGUUUCUUUCUAAAUCCACACUCUUUAGAUUUUUCAAGUUUGGUAGUAACUGUAAUGCAAAUGCAAACCAUGCGUUUUCCGGUGCAACCUGCGAUCUAAAGAGGAAAGUAGACCAAAGAGAAAACCAGUGGUAUGGAAUUUUGAUGUCUCAGCUAUUUGAAUCAGGAUACAGUUUCCUCCAGUCUAAGCUUGAUAGGAAAAAAUCAACUUGUUCUGAUGAGAAAUUGACAGCAUUGAAAAUAUUGAUCAAAUUCUUUGCUGAAAAAGAUAUUCAUGAGAAAAACAUACAGAAUACUUUGGAAAAGAUGAAAAGUACAGAAAAUAAACAAAGUGUACUGGCAAUGGCAUUAGCAGAACACUUGUUUGGGAAGCUUUCUCCGGGACAACAGUAUGUUGUUGAUUCAAGGAUAAAAGACAAAGGAAAUAAUUGUCAAGAAAAAAUAGAUAACAAAUGCAAGUGUGGCUGUGACACAGAAAUCUGUUUUGGUGCCACUGGAAUAGGACAUGCAGAUGUAUGGCACGGAUUUGUAGACAUUAUGAUGACAUCCUCAGAUCACAAGCCAGAAUCAACAGCCAGUGUAUAUUUAGCAUUAAAUGAUGAUGGGCCAUCUCAAAAUAAAAAAAUCAAGACCUCAGAUGGAAAUGAAGAGGAGGACGAUUACAAUUUAAGUGAAAGCGUUAAAGAAUCUUCUUUGAAUAAAAUCCAGGAUAGAGCUACUUCAGAAACUGUUGUGUUUGCCCUAGCAUACCAGAUAAUAAAUCCAAUUUCUGCAGUUUUCAUACCAAACAUUAUCAUUUGUCCAAAUGAGUUUUAUAUUGUAAUGUAUGAACCUGUUCAUGAUGUUUUAGUGUGGUCCACAGAGUUUCCACUGAUAUGUCAGUCAGAUUUUAAAUUACAAGGUGUGUCAAUUGUUGCACUUUGGAUGGUUUUGAAUUACAAAUUAUUUUGUAAUGGAGUUGAAGAACUAUUUGAUGAUGUCAGUGAAAUAAAAGCAGAAUUUUCAAACCAAAUAGAUGUUGAAAAUUGGGAGAUAUACAAGAGCAAGUUGGAGAUUGGAGUUCAAUCAUUUGGUGCAGCACCACAUAUAAACCUUGUUCAUUCUCUUCGUGAAGUUGACUUUGUUUUUCCAAAGUUGAAAUGAAAAAAAUAAGAAUUG